ACGGGCCGGAGCAGAGCCCUCGCUCCCGCCGCCGCCGCCGCCGCCGCCAGCCCAGGUGCCUGCCGGUUCGCGCGUCCCUCUGUCUCAGACUCCGCAGAACGCGACCCAUCCAGAGCUGCACCGGGCGGAGGAACAGGAGGCCUGGAAAGGGGGCGCACGGCGGUGAGCUCUGGACCCUGCGGUUGCGGGCACCGGACCGUGCCUGGGUGACCCGGGGCCGUCUGUGGGCCGCGCCGCCGCCGCGUUGGUCGAAGCCGAGGCCUCUGCGCUCUUCCCGGGACCGUCCCGGGGCCCUCUCUAGUGGAGAACUGCGGCCCGCGAGCCACCGGCGUGGAAGAGAGGGACGCGCGGCCUCUGGCGCCUCUCCGACGACCUCCUCGCGGACUAUGUCCCCAGCGGGGCGGCGUGGCGUGCUCUGAUCGCUGGGGUCCCUGCGCUCCUACGGCCAUGGGCUCCGGGAGACGCCGUGAGACGACGGCCGCGCCGUUGCUGGUGGCCGUGGCUGCGUUGCUGGUGGGCGCAGCUGGCCACCUGUACCCUGGAGAGGUGUGCCCUGGCAUGGACAUCCGGAACAACCUGACCAGGCUGCAUGAACUGGAGAACUGUUCAGUCAUUGAGGGCCAUCUGCAGAUCCUCCUGAUGUUCAAAACCAGACCUGAAGAUUUCCGAGACCUCAGUUUCCCCAAACUCAUCAUGAUCACUGACUAUCUGCUUCUUUUCCGUGUGUAUGGCCUGGAGAGUCUGAAAGACCUCUUCCCCAACCUUACAGUCAUCCGAGGCUCCCGCCUCUUCUUCAACUAUGCCCUGGUCGUCUUUGAGAUGGUCCACCUGAAGGAGCUGGGGCUCUACAACCUCAUGAACAUCACUCGAGGAUCUGUCCGCAUUGAGAAGAACAAUGAGCUUUGUUACCUGGCCACCAUUGACUGGUCCCGGAUCCUGGAUUCUGUGGAGGACAACUAUAUCGUGCUCAACAAAGAUGACAAUGAGGAAUGUGGGGAUGUCUGUCCGGGUACUGCCAAGGGCAAGACCAACUGCCCGGCUACUGUCAUCAAUGGGCAGUUUGUGGAACGGUGCUGGACACACAGUCAUUGUCAGAAAGUUUGCCCGACCAUCUGUAAGUCCCACGGCUGCACAGCCGAAGGCCUGUGCUGCCACAAGGAGUGCCUAGGCAACUGUUCGGAACCCGAUGACCCCACUAAGUGUGUGGCCUGUCGCAACUUCUACCUGGAUGGCCGGUGCGUGGAGACCUGCCCGCCUCCCUACUACCACUUCCAGGACUGGCGCUGCGUGAAUUUCAGCUUCUGCCAAGACCUCCACUUCAAAUGCAGGAACUCCCGGAAGCCCGGCUGUCACCAGUACGUCAUUCACAACAAUAAGUGCGUCCCCGAGUGUCCAUCUGGCUACACCAUGAACUCCAGCAACUUGAUGUGCACCCCUUGUCUGGGACCCUGUCCUAAGGUCUGCCACAUCCUUGAUGGCGAGAAGACCAUUGACUCCGUGACAUCUGCCCAGGAGCUCCGAGGCUGCACUGUGAUCAAUGGCAGCCUGAUCAUCAACAUUCGAGGGGGCAACAACCUGGCCGCUGAGCUGGAGGCUAACCUUGGCCUCAUUGAAGAAAUCUCAGGGUUCCUAAAAAUCCGGCGCUCCUAUGCUCUAGUGUCACUUUCUUUCUUCCGGAAGCUACAUCUGAUCCGAGGAGAGACCUUGGAGAUCGGGAACUAUUCUUUCUACGCCUUGGACAACCAGAACCUCAGGCAGCUCUGGGACUGGAGCAAACACAACCUCACCAUCACUCAGGGCAAGCUCUUCUUCCACUACAACCCCAAACUCUGCUUGUCAGAGGUCCACAAGAUGGAAGAAAUUUCCGGAACUAAGGGCCGCCAGGAGAGGAACGACAUUGCCCUGAAGACCAAUGGGGACCAGGCAUCCUGUGAAAAUGAGCUACUUAAAUUUUCCUUCAUUCGGACAUCUUUUGACAAGAUCUUGCUGAGGUGGGAGCCCUACUGGCCCCCCGACUUCCGAGACCUCCUGGGAUUCAUGCUCUUCUACAAAGAGGCCCCUUAUCAGAAUGUGACGGAGUUUGAUGGACAGGAUGCUUGUGGCUCCAAUAGCUGGACUGUGGUAGACAUUGACCCACCACAGAGGUCCAACGACCCCAAGUCUCAGACCCCGAGCCACCCUGGGUGGCUAAUGCGAGGCCUCAAGCCCUGGACUCAAUAUGCCAUCUUUGUCAAGACCUUGGUUACCUUCUCUGAUGAACGCCGGACCUACGGAGCCAAAAGUGACAUCAUCUAUGUGCAGACAGAUGCCACCAAUCCUUCUGUCCCCCUGGACCCCAUAUCGGUUUCUAAUUCCUCAUCUCAGAUUAUCUUGAAGUGGAAGCCCCCCUCCGACCCCAAUGGCAACAUCACGCACUACCUGGUCUACUGGGAGAGGCAGGCCGAGGACAGCGAGCUAUUUGAGUUGGAUUAUUGUCUCAAAGGGCUGAAGCUCCCCUCACGGACCUGGUCCCCGCCUUUUGAAUCUGACGAUUCUCAGAAGCACAAUCAGAGCGAGUAUGACGACUCGGCCAGUGAAUGCUGCUCAUGCCCCAAGACCGACUCCCAGAUCCUGAAGGAGCUGGAGGAGUCUUCGUUCAGGAAGACCUUUGAGGAUUACCUGCACAAUGUGGUCUUUGUCCCCAGGCCAUCUCGAAAGCGAAGAUCCCUUGAGGAGGUGGGGAAUGUGACGGCCACCAUGCCGACGCUUCCAGAUUUUCCCAACAUUUCGUCCACCAUUGUGCCCACAAGUCAGGAGGAGCACAGGCCAUUUGAGAAAGUGGUGAACAAGGAGUCACUUGUCAUCUCUGGCCUGAGACACUUCACUGGCUACCGCAUUGAGCUGCAGGCAUGCAAUCAAGACUCCCCAGAUGAGAGGUGCAGCGUGGCUGCUUACGUCAGUGCACGGACCAUGCCUGAAGCUAAGGCAGAUGACAUCGUUGGCCCUGUAACCCACGAAAUCUUUGAGAACAAUGUUGUACACUUAAUGUGGCAAGAGCCAAAGGAGCCCAAUGGUCUGAUUGUGCUGUAUGAAGUGAGUUAUCGGCGAUAUGGCGAUGAGGAGCUUCACCUCUGUGUCUCCCGGAAGCAUUUUGCCCUGGAGCGUGGCUGCAGGCUGCGAGGGCUCUCCCCAGGAAACUACAGUGUUCGAGUCCGGGCUACAUCCCUGGCAGGCAAUGGCUCCUGGACAGAGCCCACCUAUUUUUAUGUGACCGAUUAUUUAGAUGUCCCAUCAAAUAUUGCCAAAAUUAUCAUUGGGCCUCUCAUCUUUGUCUUCCUCUUCAGUGUUGUGAUUGGAAGUAUUUAUCUAUUCCUGAGAAAGAGGCAGCCGGAUGGGCCAAUGGGACCAUUGUAUGCAUCUUCAAACCCUGAGUACCUCAGUGCCAGUGAUGUAUUUCCUUCUUCUGUGUACGUGCCGGAUGAGUGGGAAGUGCCUCGAGAGAAGAUCACCCUCCUGCGAGAGCUGGGGCAAGGAUCCUUUGGUAUGGUGUAUGAGGGCAAUGCCAAAGAUAUCAUCAAGGGCGAGGCAGAGACCCGUGUUGCAGUGAAGACUGUCAAUGAGUCAGCCAGUCUCCGAGAACGGAUCGAGUUCCUCAACGAGGCAUCAGUCAUGAAGGGAUUCACCUGCCAUCAUGUGGUCCGCCUCCUUGGGGUGGUGUCCAAGGGCCAGCCAACACUGGUAGUGAUGGAAUUGAUGGCUCAUGGAGACCUGAAAAGUCACCUCCGUUCUCUCCGACCAGAUGCCGAGAAUAACCCAGGCCGUCCUCCCCCUACCUUGCAAGAAAUGAUUCAGAUGACAGCAGAAAUUGCUGAUGGCAUGGCAUACUUGAAUGCCAAGAAGUUUGUGCACCGGGACCUGGCAGCUCGAAACUGCAUGGUUGCUCAUGAUUUUACUGUCAAAAUUGGAGACUUUGGGAUGACGAGAGACAUCUACGAGACAGAUUACUAUCGAAAAGGGGGUAAGGGCCUGCUGCCCGUGCGGUGGAUGUCACCUGAGUCCCUCAAGGAUGGAGUCUUCACCGCCUCUUCUGAUAUGUGGUCCUUUGGGGUGGUCCUUUGGGAAAUCACUAGUCUGGCUGAGCAACCUUACCAAGGCCUGUCUAAUGAGCAGGUGUUGAAAUUUGUCAUGGAUGGAGGCUAUCUGGAGCCACCAGAUAAUUGUCCUGAGAGACUUACUGACCUGAUGCGCAUGUGCUGGCAUUUCAACCCCAAGAUGAGGCCAACCUUCCUGGAAAUCGUCAACCUGCUCAAGGAUGACCUCCACCCCAGCUUUCCAGAAGUUUCCUUCUUCUACAGCGAAGAGAACAAGGCUCCUGAGAGUGAGGAGCCGGAGCUGGAGUUCGAGGACAUGGAGAAUGUCCCCUUGGAUAGGUCCUCUCACUGUCAGAGGGAAGAGGCUGGCAGCCGGGAGGGAGGGUCCUCUCUCAGCAUCAAACGGACCUAUGAUGAACACAUCCCGUACACCCACAUGAACGGGGGCAAGAAGAACGGGCGCGUGCUGACGCUGCCCAGGUCAAACCCUUCCUAACAGGGCCUGCUGGGGGAGGAUGCUUUCUGUUUUUAAACUCUUCUCUAGUUUGACCGCCUCCAGGAAACUCAGGAUUAUCAGGACUCGACCCAGAUGUGAAACUGAGCUCAGAGAUAGUUCAUACACGUUUCUGUUUGUCUUUUGACCUACAAAUACACACGUGUGAUUGCCAACCCUGCAAGCCGCGGAGGGCUAACUGUGAACCUCAAGGGGUUGGGCGUUUCGUGGCUCUGCCCCUCCCCCAGCCACAGUUUCAGACCAGGCUUUUGUUGCUGUUGAUUUCCUCGUAGAUUGAAAGAACGCACCUGUUUCCACAGGCGGUUUUCUUUUCUUACUAGUGUUGGAGUUACAGUUAGUUGUCAAAGACAGAAUUUAUUUAUGGAGCACAAGCCAGAAAGCAAAGGAGAGACAGACAGCAAAAAACAAAAAACAAAAACAAAAAAAGCCCAAUGCAGAACCCUGUUCUAGCUUGGGCUUUGAGAAGGUUUCAUUAAUCUGAGAGAAGGAUUUUAUUUUAUUUUAUUUUAUGUUUUCCUCAUUCACAAAAUCAGUUCCUCAAAUUGACCAAUAGCUGCUGCUUUCAUAUUUUAUUUUGGGAAAGGGUGUGUAGUCCUAAGUGUGUGUUCAU